UCUUCUUAUUCAAUCAAUGACACACGUUCAGUGGGCGUCUAAAUUCAGUGUUCGUUCAACCACAAUCAAAGUACAACGUACAAUGUUUCUUCUAAUUAUUUUUAGUGUAGUAACAGUGACAAGUUCUAAUCAACUGUUAUCAGCUGUUGUGAUACACAGGCAUGGAGAUCGAAAUCCCUACACCACAUUUAAGACGGAUCUCUACAGCGACGAGUCGCACUGGCCUGAAGGGUUUGGGCAAUUAACCAAAAGGGGCAUCCAGCGGCAGUACGAGUUGGGUUUAUGGCUUAACAACCGCUAUGCCUCCUUUCUGCCGUCACAUUAUUCACCUAGACACAUCCGUGCUGUUUCAACGGAUGUAGAUAGAACUCUGAUGUCUGCAGAAGUGACUCUUGCAGGUCUCUACCCCCCUUUAGACAAUGACAAGUUCAAUGAAAACAUCAACUGGCAACCAAUACCCAUACAUACAGCGCCCCGUACCGAGGAUCCUCUUCUCGCCAUGAAGAAACCAUGUAAAAAAUACAAACGCAUCUUUAGUGACUUACUCAAAUCACCCCACAUCACCGAAAUUAACUCUAUCAAUAAAAAUCUGUACGAGUUUUUAAGUAACAAAACCGGUAACGAUAUUAAUGAUGUUUACGACGUAGAAGACAUAUACAAUGCCCUGCAUUCUCAGUUUCUGGCGAACAAAACGCUUCCUGAUUGGACUGCUGAAGUUUAUCCUGACAAAAUGAAAGCAGCUGUUCUGCUCAAAUUUAAACUACCGUGUUACACUGCAGAGUUGGCACGCCUUAAAACUGGUUUACUAAUGGGGGAAAUCGUUCGAAACUUCAGAGGUUUUGUUGAAGGGACUAAUAUGAGGAAGUUGCUGACGUUCUCAGGACAUGAUUCUACUUUAGCUGAAGUGCUGACAACUUUAGGGGCUUUCAACGAUGAAGUUCCGCCUUAUUCGAGUGCUAUUCUGUUAGAGUUGUAUGAAAACGGAGGAGAAUUUCAUGUUAAUGUUUUUUUCAAGAACAGUACCGGUUUGCAUGAGCUUUUUGUCGAGACGUGCGACUUUGAUUGUAAAUUUGAAGACUUUGAACGGAUUUUGAGGGUGAUGAUAAUUCACAGUGUAGAACAGUGGGAAAAGGAAUGUGAAAAUUGAUUAAUGAUAGAUUCUGUUUUACGUUAAAUUCAAAGUUUAUAGAAAAUCUUCAGUUCAAUAACUUACUAUAACCGAAAUCUUUCUUCUGGAACCGAGCGCGGUAUUGUAGCCACACACACGUUAUAAUUUGGUGCUGUAAUGCAAGUUGCCGCACUAGCUCUUUCAAGAUAUAUUUGUAAUGUUUAAGUUUUACA